AUGGCGCUGAAAGAGUUUGGGCAAAGGAUCAUUGUAUGUUUGGGCAAGUUCCCUUACGACGACAAAGAACUCGACCACGUGGAGAAAGCCGCGCAAUCGGUUUCUCAGGUCAAGAGAAGCCCUGCUAUGCAAGUGGCAUUCAUUGGUUCUCAAGCUGCAGGGAAGAGCACGCUAUUAUGCGCUUUCUUCAGUCUCGAAGGCGCUUCUCCCACUGGUGCCUCCGGCAAGGCUUGUACAAGCACAGCUAUCAGGUACAAGAACUAUGCAGAAGGCAAAGAUGGCCCAACGAAGUUUCAUGGUCAGACUAGAUUCCUCAAGACGAAGAAGCUCGAAGCCAUGUUCAAGGAGCUAUGCCGCCACUACUACUACUUCCACCACGCCGAAGAAGACUCCGAAGAUGAGGAUGAUCCUGAAUCCGAAGAAGCACCCGACCAAUCAAAGCUCGAAGCACUCAAGGACACGGCGGAAGACAUCCUAGUGGCCCUAUGGGGAUCGAAACAAAGUUUCCUGGAAAGCUGGAGCCCAUCUGUGUUCAAGAGUGGAGCGUUCGUACGGCUUUGCCAGCUAAAGUUCAAAGAAGCAAUCGAGUUCGCCAAUGUCGACAGUGAUAGUAUUGCAUACAUGAUGGGGAGUGAUCAACAUCAGCUCCUGAGUCAGAUGAUACGGUUCAUGUCACAAGUCGAGGGGGAGAAAUGUCUAUGGCCUUUGGUGGAUCAUGUCAUGAUCAGCUUUUACAAUCAAUGGCUCGAACAGGGGCUGGAGUUGAUUGAUCUACCUGGUAAGGAGAUUUCAAGAAAACGAACAUUCUGUCAGCUCAAGCUAACAUCUUACAGGUUGUGGUGA